AAUCGUUGUCCAGAAAAGCCUGAGCUGCGGUGUCUGUCGGUGUGUGCACCUCUGUGCUCUGCACUCGGAUCCCUCCGGAUUGGCACAUUAAAGCUGGACAGGCGUGUGUCAAAACAGCCCGGGCUACACCAGUGCAGCGCUAUUUUCUAACGUGACUUAAAAUAGCGUAUACCUAGUUUUUGCAUCUCUUGCUUCUCUCUCUAGGUCAGCCAAAAAGCUCCAUGGGUGGCUGAAUCAGACCGGGGAUCUUUACAGAAUAACAUUUCAGCAAGAGAAAACCAUACAUUUUGGCGAGCGUUUGCCCUUGUUGCGCUGUUAUAGGUGGAUUAAAGGAGAGACAAGACAGGAAUUGCUCCUGUGCCGCGCAGUAGCGCGCAGAGAACGGUCACAGAAAUUGCAGACGCGCUUAAGGGAGCAGGAAGGUGGAGGAUAUUUUACGCACAGCCCGGUUUUGAUAUACUUUGUAUUUUAUACUAAGUCGCUUGCUUUUCCACUUGGAAAUUCUGCCGAAGUCCAAAGCCACACUGGUCUGUAGGCAUGGAUUUCUUUAUCCUAGCGGCUCUGGUGCUGUGCUCUUUCACAGCGCCAGCCUUUGGGGACAAAGGGUCCACCAAAGCCCGGACAUGUUCGGACAUUCAGCGAUUUUACGGCGGAAAGGGAUUCAAUCAGAAUGCUGUACCCCAGUUUGAAAUAUCAGGGGAGCACCUUCGUAUUUGUCCUCAGGGUUACACCUGCUGCACCAGCGAAAUGGAAGACAACCUGGCCACCCUCAGCCGCAGGGAGAUGGAAGGACUUCUUAGAGAAACUAAAAGACCCUUACAGAGCUCAUUGUCGUACAGUUACUACACCUUUAACGGCUACAUGGAUGAUUUGAUGAACAGGUCCAUGAUAACCCUUCAGGAUACUUUCACUUCAACAUGGGGCGUUCUAUACUCCAGAAAUUCCCAGCUUUUUCAUGACCUAUACCAGGAUCUGAGGGACUACUACCGACGUGCCAGUGUCAAUCUGGAAGAGGUGCUAAAUGAAUUCUGGACCAGGCUGCUGGAGAAGCUCUUUUACCAGGCAAAUAAACAGAGUUCAUUGGGUGAGGACUACCAGGAGUGUGUAUCAAAGAAAAUAGAGACACUUCGACUUUUUGGCGAGGCACCCCAUAAAGUGACAACACAGGUCACACGUACAUUUGUGGCAGCACGUGCAUUCCUUCAGGGACUAAAUACCAGUCGAGAAGUGGUGGGCAAAGUGUUACAGGUGCCACUGAGCCCGAAGUGCAUGGGAGCUAUUAUGAGGAUGACUUACUGUCCGCACUGUCGUGGCAUGCCCACUGCUAAACCCUGCGCCAACUACUGUAGCAAUGUCAUGAAGGGCUGCUUCGCCAAUCAGGCUGACCUCCACACAGAAUGGUCACAUCUAGCAGAUACAAUGAUUGAGGUGGGAGAGCGUCGCUUGAAUGAUGUGGAUAGCGUGAUCCUUUCCCUCCCAAAUCAGAUAUCAGAAGCCAUGUCCACUGUGAUGGACAACAUGCCCACCAUCAACAGCAAGCUGUUCCAGGCAUGUGGCAGCCUCAGUGAAGGAGGAGCCACUGGUUCAGGAUUUGAAGGUGUCACAAGCAGAAGAAGGGUCAUCAGCGAUGACAGAUUGGGAGGCAGCACCAACAAAAUAGCAAAGUCGGUGUCUGAUGUCAACAUGAAGCUGAAAGAAAUGCGGCCAUAUUGGGUUUCUCUACCAAAGAUUCUUUGCAGUGACAGAGUGGCCAGUGGAACGGGGGCUGAGGACAAGUGCUGGAAUGGCAUGAGUCGUGCCAGGUAUCUGCCUGAGGUGAUAGGUGAUGGCCUGGCCAGUCAGAUCAACAACCCUGAAGUGGAAAUCGACAUCACCAAACCAGACAUGAAAAUACGCCAGCAAAUAAUGCAGCUGAAGAUCAUGACCCACAGGCUGAAGAAUGCCCUCAAUGGCCAGGAUGUCGACUUUCAGGAUACCAGUGAUGAUGUCAGCGGGUCCGGAAGUGGCAUGUGUGCAGAUGACAUGUGUUCCCGGGGGCCACGCCUUGUCGCCCCAGUCACCGAGCAACCCAUGGUCUAUGCCUACCCACCAAGGAACAAGGAAGUGAGAGGUUCAGCGUCACAAAGCCUCCCUUCCAUCAGCAUCCUCUUGGUUUCACUGCUCGUCCUGCUGCUUCAGCGAUAAUUGAUGGGAUAGUCUUCUUACAUGGGACUGAGCUUGGGACAUGGGGGACUGAAGAGUUUUAACAGGGAGGGAAGAAAGAUUGUGGGUUAGUUGCCUUGCCAAAAGUAAGCAUAUAAAAAAACAAUAACAAAAAUUUCUUUGAUGGACCUUCUUUGGUUUUGAAACACAAUGGAGUCAUGAGUAGUCAUCUGUGUUUCUGUUCUUAUCCUGUUCUUUAUUUGUCGAUAUUCUAUGACACUGUUAGAGUUGGUUUUUUGGCAUCCGCUAAUGUUUUGUUCCUAGAAUUUGGGUUUUCUGAAAUAAUAUUUUCAUCUAAGACAUUAUCAGACUAUACUGCUAAGAGUAAUGUAGAUAUUGACAUGGUGGGAAUAAAGAGAAAGGAGCAUUAUGGCAGCCCCUAUGUGCUAUUUUGAGCUCCAUUUAUAAUCUUUAGAAAUUAUUUAUUUAUUAGAAGUUAUCAGUAGAGCACUAAUUGGAAUAAUCACAUCACUGUUUCUAUAAGCAAAAAACACAAACUAGAAAUUCAAAAGAUUAUUUUCACAAAGGAUAAUCAGAACAACAUGACCCAUUAGAGCUGUUGAUGCAUUAGGCUUUGCGGUGUUAUUACAUAUAAUCUUUCUUUGCGGGGGAAUGUGAGCUCAUGCCGUCAGCACUUUGCACCAGUUUAUGUUUAAUCUGCAAUAAAAGUUGUCAUAAUAUUCACACAGACAUGUUCCUUCUACGUAGGGGAGCAACAUGUCCUGUCUUCCAUUCCAUCCAUCCUCUCCUCCCUUUUGCUACCACCACAUCCAUCUCCCACCCUGCCCCUCAUUUACUCCACUCCCCUGCUGGCUGUGUAGCAUCAACUUGAGGUUCUGGUUUUAAUGCUCACAUGACCGGAUCAAGUCCCAGUUGACAGAGUGGGAUAGAGUAGUUAGUUUAAAGGUGGCCUUUGUAAGAGAGCAAAAAUGUAUGUAGAAACAGAAACACAAAUUUCCUGCAGCACUUUGUCCAGUACUUCUUUUAAGGUUCACAGCAGAUCCAAACCAUUGCACACAUAGUCAGAUGUUUAGUGCAGUAGGUUUUAUGUGUAAGUGUAGCAACGGUCAUUGCCACAGUCAAGGCAAAUUAUGGACAUUUUAAAAAUGGCAGACUAAGCAGUGUACAUAUUUUUGAUUUUGUUUUCUUGUGGUAAAAAAUCCAAUGAGCUCUCCCUCUUAUGUAUUUCUAUCAUUAUCUGCCAUUUAUUUCCCUGCAACAUUUCCAUAUCCAACUCCUUUCUCUUCUUUUUUUCCACUCAUCAGUUAUAAUGACCUUUAGAGUGUUCUUCAUGAUGGUGAGGCAAAGAUGACAAUGACACAGUGCUUUAUUAUGUGUCAACCUUCCAGGGAAUGUUUUGGGGAAAACGUAAUAGCUUUUCCUGAUGAGAUGCUUGCUAGGAAGAAAUCAUGUACUACAUUUUAAUUCAAAGACGUGACGCAGUGCUCAGUUCGAAUGAAUUCGCAUGCAGCAUGAGGGGACAAUGCUUGCAUGUAUGUAUGAGUUCAUUGCGUAAAUGUGAAUGUGUGUACUUGUCUGUGACCGACAAAGCAAAGGGGACAAACAAAGGAGUCUGCAUAAAUCUUGUUAAGAUGGCACAGAAAGGAAAUCUAUUAAAAUAUUCUGGUCUAUUAAAAUGCUCCGGUCUAACAAUGUAUGACAGAGCACUGUUAAACUGACAGCAACAGGAGAUUAAUGUAGUCCAUUUUUCAAAAAUAGCAUUUUCAAAUACUGCUGUAAUAGCUCACAUUCUCUAUUAAUGGCAUAUGUGCUGUCAGAAUUACAUGUGACAGUGAAAUGGAAAUAGAGAAAUUAAAUUUAUGUGAUUUUUUUAAAGUGUGUCAUUACUACAGAUGGGACUGUCCAUGGAAGUACAUGUUAAAAAAAAAACAUAUUCUAUAUGCACCUAGAGUGUUGGAAAUAAUCCAACUCCAUUUGGGCUUUGUUAAAGUGAAUGCAUUUGUUUUCACGUGUUGAUAGAAAAGUCUCUCAGAUGAUAUUUUAAUUUUUUUGAAAAAAAGAGCUUUAUUAAUGAAUGAGUGGUUGCUGUUUGUCUUUCUGCUUGUCCCCGGCUAGGAAAUGUGCCUGUGACUGCCUUUGAUACUUUGGGGUCAGUUUAGAGAUAUAAAGAGAGAAAUAGUACGAUGUUGGUUAGUGAGGAUAGAAAAUUACAUAUUUUAACAUUGAACAAGUAGCACUGCAAGGGUCUCAGUUUAUGACGGACAAUAAAUGUGAACGCCCUAAAAAAACAUAAUAAAUUACUUAGCCUGUUAUGGUAACAUUCCAGCUCAAAGACAACCUUUCAGAACAAUAACUUCAAUUUUAGUGACUCCUUCACAAUGUCAUCGGCUGAAAUUUGCACAACCCCCUCCAAACCUCAACCCCUUUUCUCAUUCACUUUCUGAUCUCAUAGUUGCUCUCUUUGUUCCCCUCCCAUUUACUGAAACAUGCACUUUUAUGAGGCCACUAAAUGGCAUUGUCUGCACAAAGACAUCACAAAGUACUCGAUCAAUAAGAAAGUCAACACCUUCCAGAAAAGACUAUUGAUUCGGGAAUGUGUGUAUGCAGAUAGAUGUGGUCCGGCAGGCUGACUCCUGUUUGAGUAUGGUGACGGAGUGUAAACAUGAAACUCCAGAAGCUUGACAAAGGUUUGCACUGAUCUCAGGUCAGCAUGUAUUCCUCGACCCUGCCUUCCUUCAUAGCUGCUUGUUUCCUUGCAAAAGUAUUCAUACCUCUUGGAACAUCUUCCACAUUUUGUCACUUUACAAACAAAAAUCUCCAAUUUUAUUUUUUUUUUUGUGAUAGACAGAAAUAAACAUCAUAAAAUUGUUUACUUUUUUUUUUUUACAAAUAAGAAUUGUAAAGUGUGGUUUCUGUAUGUAUUCAGCGCCACCGAGUCUCUUCUUUGUAGAACCACAUUUUGCUGUAAUUACAGCUUUUUUGGACUAUGUCUCCACCAGCUUUGUACAUCUAAAGACUACAUUUUUUUUGCCAUUAUUUUCUCCUAAAUAGCUCAAGCUCCAUAUUCAGCAGAGUGGAUGGAGAGGGUUUGCAAGUUUUUAGUCUUGGUGCAAAUUCUCCAUUUGAUUUAUAUCUGGACUAUGAGUGGACCAUUCUAACAAAUGAUUAUGCUUUUAUUUAAACCCUUCCAUGUUAUCUUAGGCUUUAUGUUUAGGGUCCGUAUUGUGAUCGAAGGUGACACCGCCAGUAUUGCCCUGCAUUAGGUCCAUCCUUUUUUCCACCAACUUCGGAUAGUUUUCCCAUACUAAAUUAAAUAAAUCAUCCCAACAGCAUGAUACUGCCGUGACCAUUUUUCACUGAGUGAACAUUGUGUUUAUGAUGAUGCACAUUGUCAGUUUUCCUUCACACAUUGUGGUUUACACGUAGGCCGGAAAGUUCAGUAUUGUUCUGACCUGACCAGAGCACACUUUCCCACCUGUUUGCUUUGUCCACCACUGGACUUAUGGCAAAUUUUAAAUUGGAUGGAUUUAAUUUGGUUUUCUGCUUGCCUCUACUGUAUGAACACUUUUGCAAUGCACUGAAGGUGGCAAAAAUGCAAUCCAUAUUAUCCAUCUUAAAAACAGUGUCCAUCUACUCUGAGCUGAGAAUUGUGUGUCAAAAUGGCACCAAUGUAUGAGGAAAAGAAAUGCUUUAUUUCUUGUUUAGAUUUACUUUAAUUUUGUUGUUAUCAGAAAUCUGUUGAGAGUUUGUUACUAUGGUGAAAACAGGUGUCAGAAAGAGCUAGAGAAAUAUCCACAAUAACAUGUCUCAUUUGCUGUUGUACCUGCAAUAUUGUGUCAAUUAUAUACAUUGUAAGAUUUUCAACUUCCCUGUGUCCGUUCUCUUUAUUCAAGGAUGUAAUUCUAUGACUGUUUCUUGAAAAUUUAAGUAGAAAUCAUAUAAAGUUGUGCAAGUGCAUUGUAAUAACUUUCAAUACCAAAAAUGUAACAUUUGUUUCAGUAAUUCAAUAAAAAAGUACACCUUUUUGCCAUCACA